AUGAUCAUCGAAGACAACUUUCGGCAGGAAUUCUACAAUAAAAUCAAGAAAGGCGAUAAAAGUGUGGUUCUAAUCGUUUCAGUCGACACGGAUGCAUUAUGCACGACGAUGAUUUUGACGCAUCUGCUACGCUGUGAUGACAUCCCAUUCUCGAUUCUUGCAGUGGAAGGAUGGAGCUCGGUGGAGAAGAUUUUUGCAGAUUCACAAGAGCAAAAAUGUCAUUAUAUCCUAAUCAAUUGCGGAGCAACACGAUCCCUGACACGACUACAAAUCCCGCCGGCUUCAAUAGCAUUUGUCAUUGAUUCUCAUCGACCAUUUCACAUUGAGAAUGUCUAUGAAAAUGGUCAAAUUCAUUUAUUGGCAAAUCCAAGUGAAAUGAGCGAAUUGCAAAUUCCUGAUCUUGAAUCUGUGAUUCGAGAGGAUUCUGACGAUGAAGAAGAUUCAGAUGAAGAUGAAGAUCAAGAGUACAUCUCAUAUGAACAACGAAUGGAAAAGAUUCGACGGAAAGCGAUUAAGAGGGAAGAAAUGCAAAUAUGGGAAAGGCAGAGGAGGACAAUUCUCUGGAGAUACUACGAAUCGACGUGGUUCAGCUCGCCGAGCUGUGUGACUUUACUCGAGAUGGCCGCAGAAAUGAACAGAGUAUCUGCUGAAACUAUGUGGUUUACUGCGGUCGGGUUGAAUAGUGCGAUGGCUGAUAAAUUGAUCUCAAUUGAAAUGUACACCCAAAUCUGUGUAGAUCGAAUGCGUCCGUUUGUCCAUCGAUUUAUGCCAAAAAAUAUAGUGAAUCAAGGAAAAGUGGAUGAUCUCUUGCAUAUUACAUUUGGCCGAGAACUACCACUUGCUCUAUAUUCACAUUGGGAUUUGUUCAGUGCAAUGAUGGUCAGCGAGUAUUUCUCGAUUAAAACAAAAAAUUGGACACAAAAAGGAGAUGUGAAUAUUCGACAUUUACUUGCUCAACUUGGAAUCACUCUUCACGAAACAAAACAAAAAUUCGAAGCUCUUCCAACGGAGCAACGGAAUUUGGUGGUUGAUGUUCUGGAAAAAGAAAUGGAUUCAUCGUUUGCAACAUUUUUUGGAACUCUUGGAUAUUGUGGGAAGUUGAGUGCAUGUGAUGUUGCAAGAGCUGUCACUUUACGAUUGGAAAUGCCGAAAAGUGAAACUAUAAUGAAUCGUUUCCGAUCCGGUCAAUCAAUCCUCAGAUCAUCAAUAACUGGAGAACGACAAGAUCGCCUGAAUCUCAACAACACGUUCACUUCGAUCUGCCAACGAACGCUUCAAGUGUCGUGGAAAACCGUCGCGGCGGCUAUUAAUCAAUCGGAGAUUAUUCCAAAUGGGCCGUAUUAUCUAUUCUCGUGCUCACGGUCCAUUGACGAGGAUAUGGUCGACUCACGUCAUUUUCUCUACAACACCGCCGGAUUCAUGAUUCGCGCCUUUGCCUCAAUGAAGAAAGGACGUACAACAAAGCCGCUAAUCGCAAUGUUCCCAUUGACUGGAGAGAGUGCUGGAUGGCUUGUAGUCACUGGAGUUAUGCCGAUUGCCACAAUUUAUGAGGAUUCACUACUUAAAACGUGUAUUGGUCGUGCUUUCGAACGAGUAAAGAAAAUGACUCCACCACUUCGUAUCGUUGAUGACUACUUUAAUUCUGAUAUUAUUCGCUUGAAAUCUGAAGAUCGUACUCGUUUUAUUGAUUUUCUGCAGACUGUCUUUGAGGGCACAUCCAACUGAUCUCUUACAGGCGUUUCUACCUAUUGCACCAUCUUGUUCCAAUGCUUUUAAUGAAAAAAAAAGUCUUAAAAUAUAGAGCAUUACUUAAUUUAUCGGAAAAUAGCUGAAAAUGGCUUGGAAACUGCCAUUUUUAGGCGAUUUUCCUGCGUUUUCUGUGAUAAAUCAAGUGAUUUUCUAUAUUUUGACACUAAUUUUUAAUGAAAAACAUGGUGCAUUAGGCUAUUUUGUAGAAUUGCCUCCUACUGUUAUAAUGUUCAAUCUUUCUCAUACACGGGCACACUGACUUUCCGAGUUUAAUUUUUAUUAUCAAUUUCUGAAAUUAUUUCCCCUAUUUACUUCUCCACUUCUCAUUUCAUUGUCACAUAUUCACUUUAUUUUGAUCAGUUUUCACGUGAACAUAUUGUAAUUUUUUUUCUGAUGAUGAUUUUUUUCUGAUGAUUGAUUAAAUCAACUUCCAACUU